CUGCGCGUGCGCAAGGUUCCCACGUUCCCAGCUUGCCUUUCGCGGGCUAGUGGGAGGUGGUUGUGGAGGAAGUCCCACAAGGAGUGAUUUAGUCACACGGACAGAGUAACUGUCCAUAUACAAGUACUGUUUUGGAUUUUUUUUACCUAAGGCCCUUGGUUUUGGAUAUAUUUUAAUGCAUGGUUGGGUGGAUUUUUUACGGGCCAUGCUGUCUCGGUGAAGGUAAUGAGCCGUAGAGCCCCGGCGACUCGGCUGAGUAACAGCACCAAGCAGCAGCACCGGAGCUGGAAUGACUGGCAAAGCAGAACUGACAGUAUAUCAGCUGACCACAGCAGUUUAAAGUACUCUGCUUCUAGAGAUCGAGGUAGUCAACAUUCCUCUUCCACCAGUGUUUCUCGGCAAAGACAUGAGGAUGUCAGAAUCCUUGCUGGCACUCAGAAUGAAGAAGGUAGCUGUGAUGUCAGUGGAGGACAUGAUGAAAAUGCUUCUGGUUGGAAGUCGUUGGGGCAAGAGCUGAGGGUUAAUAAUGUAACCCCAGAUUUGACCAGUAUUCAGCAUGGAAACCGUGCUUUAGCAACAAGAGACAUGAGGAAAUCACAGGAGCGACCAAUGUCUUAUUCUGAUGAGUCUCGACUGUCCAAUCUUCUUCGGAGGAUUUCCCGGGAAGAUGACAGAGACCGUAGGCUGGCUACUGUAAGGCAGCUAAAAGAGUUCAUUCAGCAACCAGAAAAUAAACUGGUUAUUGUUAAACAGUUGGACAAUAUCCUGAGUGCUGUACAUGAUAUACUCAAUGAAAGGUAAGUAGAGUACAUUAAAUUGUGUAAAUACUGAUGUAGUUCUUGAGUGCACAGUGUAUGACUGCUGAUUGUUUGCCAUUUAAUGUAAAACUUUAUUUGCGUUUUUUUAAUAAAUUGUUAAAGAUUUAGAACGGUGAAAACUUUUUGUAGUAAAAUAAAAAGGUUUAAUUUAAAUGUUAGUCUUUCAAAGAAGAGUUGUUUAAGAUGUUUGGUUAUUGCUGCAGUCUUUCAGGCAGCUGAUGUGUGAAUGAAAUGUACAUUGCAAGAGCAACACAAAACCAAUGUUAGAAUUACUGAAAAAAAAAUCUAUCUGUUGUAGUAAAUUGCUUAACCUCAUUGCAGGCUCUCAUGACCACUCUUCCCUACUAUCUUCCUUAAAGAUUUGGUAAGCCUCAGGGUCAAAGCAUCCUUCAUGCUAAAAGUGGUAAGUGAAUUUAUUCUCAGUCAAGCAAUAAACCUGCCUACCUCUUUCACCAGUCCCCAAAGUAACAGGUAAGCAUAUUGCACCUUGGGCAUUCACAGUUGAGAUUUUAGUUGGAUAAAAUUAAAGAUAAAAAAAAAAAAAAAAAGAUUAACUGUUGGUUUCCUUCAUGGACUCCAGGUUAGGGCAACUGGUUUCUAAACCAUGCAUUGCCUCCUAGAUCUUUAAAGCUAUAUUCUUCUGUUCUCACCAUGAAAAAACUCUACCAUACUGCCGAAAAGCCCAUUCUGUUCGAGCAGUGGUUUCUUCAGGUGCUUUCCACUAAGGUGGUGGUACCAGAUCCGUUUUAGAAGCAGCCAUCUGGCCUUCUGUUCACACCUUCACAAAACACUACAAAUUGGAUGCUUUCUCAAAGUCCAAGACAGUGUCUGCUAGAACCAUUCUGUCUGGCCUUCUAGACUUUUUUCUUCUCCUGGCUCCUUUUAACCUCCCACCCUUUUCCUAUACAUCAGGGGUGUCCAACCUUUUGGCUUGCUGGGGCCGCAUUGAGUGAACAGA